UUGACGACUGUGAAAAGGAACGUUGGAUUACUUUAUUUUAUUUUUGUGGGAGACCACAAUUCCAAAUCUGUAGGAUACAUCAGGUUCCUUAUUUCCUGUAGAAUUUUAAAGUAACCUUCUCUAAUGAGGAUGUCUGAUACUGUUACUCUAAAGGAUGAAACUGAUACAAUGAAUGGUUCAGAGGCUGAAUUUAAAGACGCAACCCCAGUUGAAAACCUUAUAAAAUCAAGAAGCCAUGAGCAGAUUCAAGUAGAAAAGGAUGAAAGUUGUACUGAUAACAAAAAUGAUAUGCCGCGGCCAGUGCAAUCUUUUGGACAAACAGGAAAAAGGUCCAAGUCAAAUACAAAGUUAAAGCUAGUUCGGAGCCUUGCUGUGUGUGAAGAAUCUCCACCGCCUCCCACAGCUGAAAUAUCACAGGACAUUCAGGAGAAAAUUCAGAUCCAGUUAACGCAGUCUUUUGAGAAAGAAGAGAAGCCCACAAAAGAUGAAACGGAAACGGAAAAAUCCAGUGAUAAAUUGUCCAGAAAAAUGUUAUCAAGAGAUUCCAGCCAAGAAUACACAGAUUCAACUGGCAUAGAUCUACAUGAAUUUUUAGUAAAUACACUAAAAAACAAUCCCAGGGACAGAAUGAUGCUGCUGAAAUUAGAACAGGAAAUUUUAGAUUUCAUUGGUAAUAACGAAAUUCCACGCAAAAAGUUCCCCCCCAUGACAUCUUACCAUAGAAUGCUGUUGCACAGAGUAGCUGCUUACUUUGGAUUGGAACAUAAUGUGGACCAGAGUGGGAAGUCAGUGAUAAUAAACAAAACUAGCAAUACGAGAAUACCUGAUCAAAAGUUUUGUGAGCAUAUAAAGGAUGAGAAAUGUGAAGAUUUUCAGAAACGGUACAUCCUUAAAAGAGAUAAUUCUAGUUUAGACAAAGAUGAUAACCAGAUGCGAAUACGCUUAAAAGACGACAGAAGAAGCAAAUCUAUAGAAGAACGAGAAGAAGAGUACCAGAGAGCUAGAGAACGAAUAUUUGCACAAGAUGCCCUGUGUUCCCAAGAGAAUUAUCUUAUUGACCGAAGAAUCCAAGAGGAGGAAACUAAUAGUACACAGCAAAGGCGGCAGAUAUUUAGAGUCAAUAAGGAAGCUUCAGGGAGAUCAGCCAACAGCCAUCAAAGCAGUACUGAGAAUGAGCUGCAGUACUCUGAACCCCGACCCUGGAGCAGCACGGACUCUGAUAGUUCCAUCCGCAAUCUGAAGCCAGUUGUAACGAAAGCCAGCAGCUUCAGUGGGAUUUCAGUUCUGACAAGAGGAGAUAGCUCUGGAAGCAGCAAAAGCACAGGCAAGCUGUCUAAAACAGGUUCAGAGUCUUCUAGUAGUGUAGGGUCAUCCACGGGUUCUCUUUCUCACACCCAGCAGCUUCUUCCAGUCACAGCUCUAAGCCAGCCUUCUCAUGGCACACCUGCUGUCUAUCCAACUGUCAGCACUAGUAAAUCUCUUUCCUUUGAUGGUGGCAUAAGUGGGCAAGUGACACCUACUAGCACUAGCUUCUUUUUGCUUCCCUUGGAAGCGGCAGGCAUACCACCUGGCAGUAUUCUGAUCAACCCUCAAACAGGUCAGCCAUUCGUUAACCCAGAUGGCACUCCUGUUGUGUAUAAUCCUCCUAUGCUUCAGCAACCUGUUAGGACCCAAGUGCCUGGACCGCCACAGCAACCACCUCAACAGCAACCAGCAGCUAAUCACAUCCUAUCACAGCAAGACAACCUAGGAUCACAAUUUAGCCAUAUGAGUCUUGCCCGCCAGUCAUCUGCUGAUGGUGCUGAUCCACACCCCACCAUGUUCCAGUCUACUGUAGUCCUUCAGCCCCCACAACAGUCUGGCUAUAUUAUAGCAACAACCUCACCUCUGCCACCACCACAAGGCCAACCAGUUCCUAGUCCCAACUACUCUGCAUCCAGCCAUCCUGUCAACCAGCAAGUGCUGCAGCAACAGGGAUAUAUGCAGCAACCUUUACCACAGAUGCCAGCUUGUUAUUGUGCUCCAGGCCAGUAUCCACACUCCAAUCAACAAUAUCGACCAGUUACUGCUGUCCAUUACAACACACAGCAAAACCCACCACUGCCACAGCCUGCACAGCAGACAGGCUACCAAGUUAUGCCUAACCAGCAGCAAGCCUACCAGGGGUUGGUUGGAGUUCAGCAGUCUCAGAAUCAAAAUCUAGUCAGUAGCCAACACAACAACAUUGGAAAUCAGAUACAGGGUGUGAUUGUUCCUUAUACUUCAGUGCCAUCUUAUCAGGUUUCAGUGCCUCAAGGUUCCCAAGGAAUGCCCCAGCAGACAUAUCAACAGCCUGUUAUAAUUCCCAGUCAGUCAAAUCAAGGACUGCCCACAACAGGAAUACCCGUUUAUUACAGUGUCAUUCCAUCAGGUCAACAGAAUAAUUUAAGUUCAUCAGUAGGAUAUUUGCAGCCUCCAGGAUCAGAGCCAAUGCAGUUUCCUAGAACAUCUUCCCCGUGCAACUCACAGCAGCUUCAAGGACAACAGUGUACAGCAGUAGCUCCACCACCAGGUGGAGGAGUAGUAAUGAUGCAGCUAAAUAUACCCAACAAUCCUCAGCCUCGAACCCAUUCACCUCCUCAAUGGAAACAAAAUAAAUAUUAUUGUGACCAUCAAAGAGGACAGAAAUCCACCGAGUUUAGCACUUUAGACAGUGCCACACAGUUACAGCAUAGUCCUCAACUAAAUAGUCCUGCCACCUCACCAGCCCAGUCACCAGCACCAGUUCAACUAUCAAACAUGAAAAAUCUCCGUCCCACGUUAACACCUCUUUCUAUUGUGUCCCAAUUUUCUAGAUCUUUUGUCCCUGGACAAGGAGAUGCCAGAUACCCAUUGCUUGGCCAGCCACUGCAAUAUAACCCUCCACCCUUAUUACAUGGACAUGUAACAGGCCAACAGUGUCAACCUGGACACAGACAUGGAAACAGAGGAAGGAAACCAGCUAAGAAGGCCGCUUCAGCAGAUCUUGGUGCAGGGGAACCAGUUGUUGGAAAAGUCUUAGAAAUUACUGAACUGCCAGAAGGAAUAACUCGUAUGGAAGCUGAAAAACUAUUUGGAGAACUUUUUAAAGUUGGUGCCAAGAUUCGGUGGCUAAGGAAUCCCCAGUGUCUACAGACACAACAGCAACACCAACGCCGUUACUGUGGCAGUGGAGAUAGUAAUGUGAACACUGAACCCUCCAAACCUAGUGACUUGGCCUCCACAUAUACAGUUCUAGCUACGUUCCCUACGAUGUCAGCAGCCCAAAAUGCACUGAAGAAACAAAGUAACUCAGCUAACAAGUUUAGGCUGAGAACAAGCAAGAAGCACUAUGAGUUUCAUAUUCUGGAAAGGGCUAGUUCUCAGUAGCAGCUACAUUGUUGGACAUUCAGCCUUUAUUAGUUCCAUGUCCUUCUCUUCUCUACUUGAUUGGCUUGAUGUUACGGGGUUUCUGUUCUCUUCAUAGAGACUCCUGGGAUGUGUUCUCAUAUGACAUUAUAGCCUUGGAAGAAUAACCCAGUGAUCCAGCAAGAAGAAGAAGAAAAAUAGAUAUAAAGUUAAUCCCAGACAACUGUAAGAAUCCAUUCUGACAAGAUAGAGAGGCAGCUUUCUAUGAGGAAUGCUGUUAAAAUGCCCCUUACUUUUAUAGUAGUUUUGUUUUAUAUUUCUGAAUUCUUGUAUCAGAUCCAAAUCUCUAUUGUACAGCAAACCUUUGUUCAUAAUGAAUACCCAUAUUCAGAUCUGUAUUUUGUAAUCCCUUUUCACAGCCAGCACACAACUAUCCAUUUUAGGGCAGAGGGCUUGGGGUGGAAUGGGGUGAGGGGAGGGAGAAUAACUAUUAAGAAAUUACACUGGUUUUUUAGCCAACUACGCAAAAGUCUUCAGUUAACACAUUUCUCUUCCCCUGUUUCUUUUUCAAAUAAAGCAGUUUCAAUAACUUCUAAACUCCGUACACAGUCCUUUCAAGAUUCACUCAGUGUGAAAGAUAAUUACAAAUUAUAUUCUUGAACUCAUUUCUAAUCAAACAGGUUAGCAUAAGUAUUAAAGUGAAAUAUGAAUAUGUCUAAACUACAAAGAAUGUUCAUUGAAGCCAAUUUGUUUUUAGUAAAAGGGUGAAGACAUUAAAAUGUAUCUCCCCAAAUGACAAAAUGUUUGCACUUUGUGUUUCCACUGGUAUAAAUCUUUCUUUGCACUCUAGGAUAAUUGUGUUAAAUAAGCGCUGGACCCUUCUUAAGUCAUUUAAAUAUGUUUUCAUCAUUUGCAGAGGAUCACUGGACAUCAGAAGUUUCAUUGCACAUACAAACAAAAUCUUUUUUCAGUUUCUGUGUAAUUUGCAAGGCUGUACAAUGUGUGCUGAUGCAAGCCUUUUUUCAGUUCAAGAAAAUAAAUGUUUACAAAUACAAA